AUGAUGAAUGAUUCUGCCGCUUACAUCUACACCCAGAGCGAAGAGUCCGACAUGUUGGCCACCGAAUAUCUCGCAAAGGAGCGUGAAAUUAAUAUUGUGCUUGACGAAGCGUGGGCGGAGGCACUGUACAUGCGAGCAAACGACACGCGGCUGAGCCAGGUCCCAUUGCCCCGGGGGCUCAAAGAAGAACACGUGGUGGCCAUAAUUGCCUAUACCUCUGCUAGCGAGUUAUAUAGCCAGUUCAAUGUGGCGCUGAGGAUGUACGGGGCUAACGACUCCGUCUACGCGGAGGAAUUUCAUUACAAAGGAUACCAGUAUCUUCUCUCCGUUGCCAUCGAGAAGCUGAGAGAGGACUUGGGUAAAACACCCCAGCCGACCUACAGAAGAAUGCAUAAAAGGUCCUCUGGUGAGGUGGGAUCUCGAAUGAAAUUUGGUUAUUUUGCUUCGUCAUCUCGCUCAAAAGGGAACGAGAUGUUCGGCGCAAAAACAGUAUUUACAAUUUUCUCUCAGUACGGUGCCCAGGUACAAAAUUACUCGCUUUUCUCCGAUGAAGAAGAGGUUCUGAUUCCGCCGUAUGAAGCGUUCAAAAUCACGAGUUACGAACCGCGUCCUGACGGAGUUGAUAUUUCUCUCCAGACGGACGGGGUGGCUGGGAUCCCGGUAAGGAUAGAGAGGGGCAGUGAAGGCGAGAUGAUUGUGCUGCGGUGUGAGGGGACCGCCAUUUUCCCAAUGGCGUGGUUGUCCAUCCUCGCGCCCUUGGUUCACCUUUCCCAGUAA